AUGCUCUUCUCCGUGUCCUCGGUCCUCCUCCUCGCCCUCUCCACGGCCAACGCCGCCCUGACCUACAAGGGCGCCGACUGGUCCUCGGUCACCAUCGAGGAGAAGGCCGGCAUCUCGUACAAGAACUCGGCCGGCGCCUCCCAGUCCCUCGAGGUCAUCCUCAAGAACGCCGGCGUCAACUCGGUCCGCCAGCGCGUCUGGGUCAACCCCUCCAACGGCGACUACAACCUCGACUACAACCUCGCCCUCGCCAAGCGCGCAAAGGCACAGGGCCUCUCCGUCUACCUCACCCUGCACUUCAGCGACACCUGGGCCGACCCGAGCAAGCAGGGCAUCCCGUCCGGCUGGCCCUCCGACAUUGAGAACCUCAGCUGGCGGCUGUACAACUACACGCUCGAGGUCAGCAACGCGUUCCAGAAGGCCGGCACGCCGCCCGCCAUCAUCAGCAUCGGCAACGAGAUCCGCGCGGGGCUGCUCUUCAACACGGGCCGCACGUCCAACUACUACAACGUCGCGCGGCUGCUCAACUCGGCGGCGUACGGCAUCAAGGACUCGACCCUCAGCCCCAAGCCCAGGAUCAUGAUCCACCUCGACAACGGCUGGGACUGGAACACCCAGAACAGCUGGUACACCAACGUGCUCGCCCAGAACGUCCUCAAGGCCUCCGACUUCGACAUGAUGGGCGUCUCGUACUACCCCUUCUACGGCAGCGGCGCCACCCUGUCGGCGCUCAAGACGAGCCUGACCAACAUGGCCAACGCCUGGGGCAAGGAGAUCGUCGUCGCCGAGACAAACUGGCCCACCUCGUGCCCGAGCCCGGCCUACGCCUUCCCGAGCGACCUGAAGGACAUUCCCUUCUCCGCGGCCGGCCAGGCGACCUUUAUUAAGAGGGUUGCCGAUGUCGUGGCCGGGGUGAAGAACGGCAAGGGCCUGUACUACUGGGAGCCCGCAUGGAUGAACAACCAGGCCCUGGGAUCGAGUUGCCCGUCGAACACGUUGUUCUCCUGGCCCGGCACCGCGCUGUCGAGCUUGGAUGUCUUCAAGAGCAUCUGA